AUGAAAGGCUUCAGACAGAGAGUGCACGAGCAGCUAUCUCGGGCCAAGGACUCGAAUAAAUCGUCAAAGAAACGAGACUCUUCCUCCAAUGCCUCGAAUGCCUCGUUGACCCCCGCCCAGCAAGCCCAGUCGUCCAGUCCGAACCAUGUUACGCCCACCUCGUCCUCCACCUCGGUGAAUGAUCCUAGGGGCAGCAAAGAUAACCUGUCUCCGGCCAGCGCCAAUUCCGCCGCUGCCCAGCAGGGUGCUACUGGUCAAGCCGGUAUGGACCAAUUCUUGGUACCGUCAGCGCAAGUAGAAUCAGGAACUCAUGCUGUUGAAGCAGUGAAUAUCCCCGGCACGCCGACGAGGCAAGGGCAGCAGCCUCUGACUCCUAGUGUUGUGAUCAGUCCAAGUGCGCCUCAUGUCCCUCCUCCCGGCGCGGCCGAGACCAUGCCCGGAGAUCUGGCUCCUCCGAAAAAAUCCCAUGCCUUUGAUAGACUUCACUCGACCCCCAAGGACAUCUCGGAAGGUAUCAGGACACCAAAACGCCAGCAUUCGUCAAGAUUUGAUAUAUCCGAUCAACGCCAGCGCGAAUUGGAGAAACUGCCAGGCUUCCACGAGGUUCCACCAAACCGUCGUCAAGACCUGUUCAUGCAGAAAAUCGACCAGUGCAACAUCAUCUUUGACUUCAACGAUCCUACUGCCGACAUGAAGUCCAAGGAGAUAAAGAGGCUGGCACUCCAUGAACUCCUCGACUAUGUCGCAAACAAUCGCUCCGUCAUCACCGAACCCAUGUAUCCUCGCGUGGUCGACAUGUUUGCGAAGAACCUCUUCCGGCCUAUUCCGCCGCCAGUGAGCCCUCAAGGCGAAGCCUUUGAUCCCGAAGAGGAUGAGCCGGUCUUGGAAGUGGCCUGGCCUCAUAUUCAGGUUGUCUACGAGUUCUUCCUCCGCUUUAUCGAAAGCCAGGAUUUCAACACCAAUAUCGCAAAGCAGUACAUUGAUCACCAAUUCGUUCUUCAGCUGCUCGAAUUGUUCGACUCCGAGGAUCCCAGAGAGCGCGAUUUUCUCAAAACAACCCUUCACCGUAUCUACGGAAAGUUCCUGAACUUGCGGUCUUACAUCCGACGCUCAAUAAAUAAUGUUUUCUUUCAAUUCUCAUAUGAGACUGAGCGAUUCAACGGAAUUGCUGAGCUGCUAGAGAUUUUGGGUUCCAUCAUUAACGGAUUCGCCCUUCCACUGAAAGAGGAACAUAAACUUUUCCUGACCCGAGUGCUCAUUCCGCUACACAAAGUCAAAUGCUUAAGCAUGUACCACCCGCAACUAGCUUACUGCAUUGUCCAGUUUCUGGAAAAGGACUCAGCACUCACUGAAGAUGUUGUGCUGGGCUUACUGCGAUACUGGCCGAAAGUGAAUAGCACGAAAGAGGUGAUGUAUUUGAACGAAGUUGAAGAUAUUUUUGAGGUCAUGGAUCCGGCCGAAUUUGCCAAAGUCCAAGAGCCUCUGUUCACCCAGCUGGCGAAAUCAGUCGCCAGCCCUCACUUUCAGGUCGCCGAGCGAGCCUUAUAUUUCUGGAAUAACGAAUACUUUUGCAACUUGGUUAGCGAUAAUGUGGAGACCAUCUUGCCUAUAAUGUUCGCCCCGUUGUAUGAAAACUCCAAGGGCCAUUGGAAUAAGACAAUCCAUAGUAUGGUUUAUAACGCCAUGAAGUUGUUCAUGGACAUCAACCCACAGCUGUUCGACGACUGCAUGCAAGAGUACAAAGAACACCAGAGUGGUGCGGACGAGAGAGAAAAGUCCCGUCAACAACGAUGGGAUCUGGUCGUAGAACAGGCCGAGAAGCGAAAGAACGGAUGUGUGCCCACUCAGCCCUUGUUACCUACUUCCAACUCGGGCAAAGCCGAAGAGAUAGAUCCAAUUACGCAGGACAGCCAGAAGAGAUUGAAUGCUCUCAAGCUUGAUGAAUCUGCCACGCCCAAGGAGAAUACAUUGAAUUCGGUUAGUCACACCUGA